AUGGCGCCGAUGACCCCUGCCAGGCCCGCGCCCGCCGCUGGGCAAGCCCCCCGCGCCCCGUUCCCCCCGCAGCCGUUCCCGCCCGUCCCGUACCAGCAGGGCUUCUUCCCCGCCUACCCGUACGACCAGGCCUACCCCAUGCCCCCGCAGCAGUGGGCGCCCCAGCACCACCCCCAGGCCCAGUAUCCCCAGUACAACCCCCGCCCCGUCCCCUACGCCGCCACUGCCCCCGGCACACCCGUCCAGGCAGUCCGACCAACCGGCCACCAGCCCGCCAGCUCCACCUCGUCCCAGUCCUCUAUCCCCUCCACCCCGAUCCGAUCCCCCCCCUCCUUCACUCCCCUCUCGGGCGGAAGCUCGAGCUUUACUCCCGGAGGCUCCUUUAACACUCCCAGGCGGUCGGCGGCCAUCAAAAUAUCUAGACCCGACGGCUCAGCUUUGAACCUCAUGGAAGAAGCCCUCAAGUCUUCCUCCGUCAAGGGACCUUCUGCCUCCAACUCCAAUGCCUCCACCCCUGCUUCGCCCUCCACCCCUGCCCCUGAGGUCAAGGAGGCCCCCAAGAAGCCUGCGUUCUCCUUGCCGGUCGUGGUCAAAAUUGAAAAGCCUGAAGAUCAGAAGGAGCGACUGAAGGAGGAAGCCUUGAAGGCCCAAGAGGCGAAGGAGGAGCAGGAAAGGAAGGAAAGGCGCGAAAAGCAGGCCAAGGAGGAUGCCGACAAAAAGGCCAACGAUGAAAAAGAGCAAAAGGCGAAGGAGGAGGCGGAAAAGAAGGCCAAGGAGGACGAGGAAAAGAACGCCCAGGAUGCCGAGGCCUCUACGCCUGCACCCGGUUCUGGUCUUCCACCCAAGCCAGUCGCUGCUGUCAACGAGCUUAAAAACGCCGAUUCCGCACCUGAAUCUCCUACUCCCAGCGAGCCUUCCACUUCUUCAUAUCCGCUCAACUCUGCGCAACCUAUCGACGACAUUCAUUCCAUCAACUACCCUGGCUCGCUCAAAUCGCCCAACGCUGAAUUGAAUGUUUCAGCCGAGCCUGGAAAAUUCCGAUACGACCGCGAGUUUUUGAUACAGUUCAUGGGUGUGUGCAAGGAGAAGCCUGAGAGUUUGCCCAACUUGAAGGAGAUCGGACUCGAAGCCGACGGCUCCAGUGGAUUCGGUAGUCGAUACGGUGGCAGGUCUUCAGGAUCUGGCUUCAGCCGUGGAUCUGGAUCUACAGGCCUCGGUAUCAAUGGUAUCAACAAACCCUCUAUGGGAUCUGGCGGCUUUGGUAACUUCUCUUCCGGCCCCAGCUCUAUUCGAAACACGACAAGUGAGCAGCGAUACCGCGCUAGCAUGCAGGGUCGAUCGCCCAGCCAGGGCGGCCCCGGUGGCAUCGGAGGUCUGCCUGCUAUGGGUAUGUCUAGCUCUCGAGGUGGUGUCAGUCGCGGUAGUCAGCGAGGAAGCAAGCGUGCUCCUCAGCAGCCUGCUGCUCCUCCUGCCCCUGCUAUGCCCAUUUCCGAGAACGCUUGGACCCGAACACGACUUGGUGGCAACGACGAAAGCUCUCCUGUCUACAUUGAGAGGAAGGUGAAGGCUCUUCUUAACAAGCUUACCGAGGAGAAAUUCGACCCCAUUUCCAAACAGAUUCUUGAAUGGGCAAACAAGUCUGCCAACGAAGAGAAUGGGAUGACAGUCAAGCUCGUCAUCAAGUUGAUUUUCGAGAAGGCUACCGACGAGGCUCAUUGGUCGCAGAUGUACGCCAAACUCUGUGUACUUCUCCAUGAUCAACUGGACCCCGCCGUGGCUGAGACCAUCGACAACAAACCAUACUCUGGCAGGUCCUUGUUCCGACGAUACCUUUUGGGGCGAUGCCAGCAGGACUUUGAGAGUGGGUGGAAGGCGCGAGAGGAUACCGCGAAUGCUGCGGCUGCGAAAGAGAGAGAAGAUGGAGAGAAGAUGGCCGAAAAGGAAAAGGCGGAGAGCAGUGAGGACAAAGAAGCUGUUUUGAUGAGUGACGAGUACUACGCGGCUCAAAAGGCCAAGCGUCGAGGUCUUGGUUUGGUACAGUUGAUCGGAGAAUUGUUCAAGCGGGAAAUAUUGUCUAGUCGUGUCAUUAACGGGUGCCUGUCCAAGUUGUUAAGCAACUUGACAAGCCCCGACGAGGAGGAUCUGGAAUCUGCCUGCAAGCUUCUCACCACUGUUGGUGAAAAAUACAGCUUGGUUGCUCCUGAUCAACUCAACGGCGCAUUGGGUGUUCUCAGUGAGAUUCAGAAGAUUGAGGGACUUCCUUCUCGUAUUCAAUUCAUGAUUUUGGACAUACAUGAUCUUCGAAAGGAUGGUUGGAAGUCCAAUAAGAACCAAACUAGUGUCAUGACUAUUGCCGAAAUCCACAAGAAGGCCGCCCAGGAAAAAUCCGCUGCUGCUUCCAAGGAGUCCAUCUCACGUGGUGGUUCCCGAUCUGGUGGUAGGCGUGACCAGCAGCAACCAGGAGAAUGGCAGUCCGUCUCCGCGCCACGAAUGGUCAGCCGCCCUGCGGACUUCCAUAAUCUUGGCCGCAAUAUGACCACCGCUGGUACUUCUCCCAGCUUCGGUGGCCCUAGCUCUGUCUUCUCCAAGAAGGGCGGCAGGUCUGGUGUCGCUACUCCCCCCACACCCACUUUGUCCCGACCCUCCUCAUCAGCCAACAUGUUCAGUGCUCUCACCGAUGAAAAUCACGAAGCCGCUGCCGAAAGGAGAGAAAGUGCCGAUGCCGGUGAGUACACACAGCGAAAGAAGCUUUCCCUUGCUCCUCGCACGAAGCCUCUUCCCGGAGACGGCGAGGAGGAUGCCCAGGAUGACGAGGGCUCAGCGGAUGAGGGAGAGGCGGAGACGGAGGCGGAGGGGCUUGAUGAGGCUGGUGCCAAAGCCAAGAUCGAUCUCGAUAUGAAAGAGCUGUGGGGUGAGAAGGAUAUGGGAGGUUCUAGAAAUCCUCAGGAUGUUGUCGAGUACUUCAAGUCACUGCCUGAGGCCCAUCGCCCGCUUCUCGCCAAGAGACUGCUUGAUGAUGUCUUCAGGCUUGCUAAGCCCAAGGAUGCGGAAGUGGUUGCAAAGAGUUGGAAGGCGGCUGUGGAAGCCCAGGCUGUUGGUGUCCAGACUUUGACAUCGACCCUGGAGGAGCGAAUGUCCGGUCUUGAUGAUGAGUCAGUCGACUUCCCUGGUGCCUACACUGCUGUGGCCCAGCUUGUGCGGAGUGUGGCGUUAUCGGCUGAGGAGAUAGAUGUUCUUGUCGGCAAGAUUGACGUCUGGGGCGAACCUCGAGUGACUCCCAAGCAAAAGAUGGAGAAGGCACUGGUCAAGGUUGACGAAGAGGCCUAG